AUGUCGAGGUCCUGUUUGCAGCUUCAUGUCAAACAAAUUUCUGUCAAAAUGCCAGGUACUACUUCCGCUAGCUUUCCGCCCACGACAAACGGCAACGGCACAGUGACGCCCCGAAGCUCUGUGACACACCUUUCUGUUUUGUCCGAGGCAAUCCAGACAAAGACCACGCUCCUCGCCAACAGCCUCAACGCCAAAAAAAUCGAUGCACCUUCGUUUGAACUGGAUGGGUCUACUAGUUUCCCUCUUGAUAAGCUAGAUCUCCAGGACAAGACCACCCGAACCGAACUCAUAGCUCUAACAAAGGAGCUCCAUGACUUGCUUGUUGGCCCUAAGGAUGCCCUCAAGAACUUGGCAUGGAAUUCCGUAAGCUAUAUUCCCCUGGAAGCCAUUUGCGAGUUCCGCGUCGCCGAGGCUGUGCCUCCCAGAGGCUUCAUCUCAUACACCGCCCUCGCCGGCAAAAUAGAAGAGCUCACCGGCGUGAAAGUCAUUGUUUCUGACUUGAAAUGCAUUUUGCGACUUGCAAUGGCAAAUGGCCUGUUUUCGGAGCCAAGACCAAAUCACGUCGCACACAGCCGGUCAUCCCUGCUCCUGCUAGAGGACCCAAGUGUGGCAAGUUGGGUCGCCAUGUUCACCACCGAUCUUCUUCGGCCCAUCGUCAGCACUGUGGAAGCCAUUAAAAAAUGGCCAGGCUCACAAGAACCUAACGAAACUGGCGUGAACAUAGCAUACGGCCACGACACGCCAUUCUUUGAGUUCAUGCAGUCGGACCAGGUGAGAAUGAAGCGUUACGGUCUAGCCAUGAAAGCUCAAAGCGAUCGUGACGGAUUUGACUUGUCACAUACCAUCGAGGGCUACCCCUGGUCCGACCUCGGUGCGGCAAGGGUCGUCGACCUCGGUGGCAAUCAGGGGCACGUCGCUUUUGAACUCGCGGAAGCCUUCCCGCAGCUAUCAUUUAUCGUGCAGGACAAGCCGGAGAUGAGAACCGACCAGACGAUUGGUCAAGUUCCCGAGCACCUGUCUGCUCGGGUCGAGCUGACCGCACACGACUGUUUCAAACCACAGCCCGUGGAAGCAGAGGUCUACUUUUUCCGCCAAGUAUUUCACGCCUUGUCAGACAAGUACGCCGUCGCCGCUCUCAAGGCGCUUGUGCCCGUUAUGCGGCCCGGUGCUCGGGUGGUCAUCAACGACUACAUCCUGCCCCAGCCCGGUGUCUUGCCACAGAGCGACGAAAAGAGCGUCAGGACCAUGGAUCUACUGAUGCGGACAGUGUGUAACGCGCGAGAGAGGGAAGCGGGUGACUGGAAGGCGCUCUUUGAGCAGGCCGACGUGCGGUUUCGAUGGAGGGGCGCUACUAAAACACCUGGAAAACUAUCCUUCAUCGAGGCGGUGUGGGAGGAGCAGGAAUAG